AUGUUCUCUCCGUCGUCGUUCCGCUCUGUGCUAGGGGCCACAAAACGAGUCAAGGUCGUCAAUCUCUUCCGUCCUGUCUCUACAAUCUCCUCCGACAUACCUCCAGAGUUUCUAGCAGCUAUACAGAAAGAGAAUGGAGGGCCAGAUUCCGCAAUGCCGGAGAUAAAGCGAGAAGUCUUCACCGAAUCUGAACCAGUUACGGACCCGAAAGAAUGGCAAGAUCGAAUAAAUGUCUACAAAUCCAAAUUCCGCCUACCCAAAGCCGUCCAAGCGGCGUAUAUGAAACCCCUUAAACGGAAACUAGAAUACUGUCUACCAGUUUGCAACCUUCAGCUCCGCUCGUACAGCGCACGUCAUGUCGAAUUCUUCGCUGAUUUCGCGCUCCGUGCUGCUUACUACCUUAAUAUUCCUGCCACGGGCCCGGUGCCGCUACCACGCAUAGUUGAGCGAUGGACAGUCAUACGAAGUCCCUUCGUUCACGCGAAGAGCAAGGAGAACUUUGAACGUAUAACCUGUCGACGACUGGUACAGCUUCAGGACGGCCAUCCAGAUAGCGUCCAGUUGUGGUUGGCGUUUUUGAGAAAGCAUGCCUUCCACGGUGUGGGUAUGAAGGCGAAUGUGUUUGAGCAUACGUCUCUAGAUGUUGGCAAGGAGAUGGACGAGGCCGCGGUAAGUCUUGAGAAAGCUCUCGACGCGGAACUUGCGCAAUUUGGAUCGAAGAAGGGCUCCCACUUCCCAGAGUCCAUUGCCAGCAUGUUGGAAAGGGAAUCACAGACAAGGACUGGAGCUCCGCUCACGGAGAAUGCCGUCAUCUUCUCCGGUAUCCAGCCCACCGGCAUUCCGCAUCUAGGUAACUACCUCGGGGCGCUACGCGCAUGGGUAGACCUACAGCAGACCUCCCAGCCAGAUACGAAGCUGAUUUAUUCGAUCGUCGACCUACACGCGCUCACGAUACCGAAAGACGCUGCGCAAUUGCGACAAUGGCGGAAACAAGCACUUGCUGUGCUUUUAGCAGUGGGGAUUAAGCCGGAGAGGGCCACAAUAUUCUAUCAAUCUGCCGUACCGGCGCAUUCGGAGCUGAUGUGGAUAUUGAGCACGAAUUCAUCGAUGGGAUAUCUAUCUAGGAUGACACAGUGGAAGAGUAAACUCCAGCUACCCGAGGACUCGACGCUCGAAGAGUCUGGCGCACGAGCUCGUCUAAAACUCGGCCUCUUUUCAUACCCCGUCCUACAAGCAGCGGAUGUACUAGUCCAUCGGGCGAAUUACAUACCUGUGGGAGAAGACCAAAAGCAACAUAUUGAAUUUGCACGCGAGGUAGCGAACGGGUUCAACCACCUUUACGGACCUAUACUCACCGUUCCAGAGGCAUUGAUCUCCCCCGCAAAACGCGUGAUGUCUCUAAAAGAUCCGAAACAGAAGAUGUCCAAGUCCCAUACCGAUCCUAAAUCCCGAAUCCUCCUCACAGAUACGCCGCGGCAGAUCCGGGAUAAAAUCAGGACUGCACUGACAGACUCUAAGUUAACCAUCACCUACGAGCCAGAGGAGAGGCCAGGUGUCUCCAAUCUUCUUGAAAUGCUCAGCCAUCUUGAAGGCCUCAAGGCUGGGCCGUCGAGCUCCGGACGGUCUGUGUCUGACAUUGCAUCAGAGUAUAAGUCAGCUAGCUUCAAGGCGCUCAAGGGAGAUCUAUCCGAGAAGCUCAUUGAGCUGAUAUCGCCGAUCAGAGAGCGCUACACCCAGCUUAUGGAUGAAGACGGGAAGAUGGCUUCGUCAGGGUCGUCGGAUAGCGAGAGCUACCUGGAUACGAUCGCUCGCAAGGGCGCGGAGGAAGCGUCAGCAAACGCAGAUAUUACGAUGAAGCAAGUCAAGAAAGCAAUUGGGCUCUUGUAA